AUGCUGGCUGCACCUGGCGGGGCCCCCCGAUAUCCCCCGGAGGCACCUUCAUUUGGCCGUGAAGACCGUCGACAUCUGCAGCCCCUCAGCGGGGGAGAGGCUGCCUGCCGAGUCCAGUCCAGCCUGGAGCCCAGGGAAGGACCCUCGCCAGCUGUCUGUGACUUUCUAUCUGGGGAGAAGGAGCACGCGGGGCUUGCCUUGAAGGAUGCCCCAGGCCACACCCACGGGCCGGGGUUCCGGCCCAGGCAGUGUGACCUCGAGCCCGUCGCUUGA